UAAUUUUUUUUCCAAACUAAGCCCAUUUCCAUGGAGCUUCCUGUGUUCACGAGUUUCCAAUCGGUCUCUCGGACCUGCUUGUGUCCUCAUUUUUCGAAUCGAAUCUUCUACGGAGGCUCCAGAAAAUAUGGGGCAAGAUUGAAGUUUAGAAGCACUUCGAAGCGGUGUCUUCGAGUUACAAUGAGUUUGGACAGAGAUUAUUCAUCGAAUGGAUAUGAUGAGGGUGAAGUGAAUGACGAGGAUAUAUGGGGAGACACCGACUUUGUUGAGGUUAUUGGCAUUGGGAGUAGGAAGGACGCGGUUCUUGAUUUCUGUUUGUGCUCGCCCUUCAAGUCCUCGUCGAUGCGGUUUUGGAGUAUUCUCAUGAAAGAUUCAAUGAAGGGAAAAUUACAACAAAAGUUCCUCGAAAAAGAUCUUACUCCCAGGAUUCUUGAAGCUCCACUAUCCAUAAAACUUUGUCGAAAAGCUAUUAUCCUUGUGGCUAGUGCAGGAUAUGGCUUGGAUCACAUUGCAGCAGUUGAUAUUCUUCGAACAAUAAAGUCUGCAAAUGGAUUUACCAUUGUGGUUAUUUUGAAGCCAUUUAGCUUCGAAGGACAGAGGCGCCAAGAGGAGAUGUUGACACUGACAUGCUACUUAGAAAGGACUUGGUCACACUUGAUGAGGCUGUGAAGACUGCAAAUAAUGCUGUUUUAUUGGCUGUUAAUGCCAUAUCUGUUCUUAUAUCUGAAACACACAGAAAACUGAUAGAUGUAGCACAUAAUGAUGUGAAAGAAGUCCAAGUUUCAGAACUUAUUGAAAUUCUAGAAAGCUAUAAGGAAGCAAAGGUUGGAUUUGGAGCUGGUUACAAUGCCAAAACUUCAAUUUUACAAUCUCUAUAUGAUUGCCCUUUCCUUGGUGUUGGUGUAAAGGAUUUGAAUGGCGUGGUUAUAUGCAUCCUUGCAAGUUCAAACGCUGUUGAUAAAAGUGAUGCCUUUCUGCGUACUUUCCGUCAAACUACAGAAUACGCUGGAAGCAUUAUAUUAUCUCUGAUCCAUGAGCCUAAUCUGGAGCCCAACCUGCUAUUAACUACGGUACUUAUAGUCGGCGAUACCAGGCAACAGUCCUCUCAGAAAAGCAGUAUACUGUCUACACUGGCCCGUCAUAUCCCUUUUGUUUUUGAUCUGCUGAGGAGACACCAUCCGCAUUUGAAUGGCACUGAGGGAAACCAUUUACAGGAAAAUGCAUUUCUUUAUGAAGAGAGAGAUUCAGGAGACUCUCAUGACGGAGGAAAUGGCAUUGAUGUAAACAAUAUAGCUGAAGAUAAUGAUCAGCUACCUGAAAAUUUCCAAACAGUGGGGAGCAGCAAUGACAAUGAGUUCUAUGCUUCAAGGAAUUAUGAUAGUGAAUCUGACGAAAGUGAGGUUGGAUUAUCAGAAACAAGUGCCAAGUCUUCCAGAUUUUACAAUGCAAUUAGUGAAGGAACUCCUGCUUUCCAAAGGGAGCCACUCAUGAGUUGGAACUUGAGGCCUGCGUAUGAGAUUGCGAAGGAGUGGGCCAAAGAAAGAGCUGCUGACACUGGAACUACUUCAUUGAUUCAUAACCUCAGCAUCCUCCGCCUUCCUGUUGGUGUACGACCUUCAGUGGAGUUAAAAGACAAUGCCAAUAUCUCACUUACAACACAAAACCUUGAUCCAGAAACUGAGGGUGAUGCAAAAGCUGAACCAGUUGUUAAUUCAAGCGUUUCUUCAUGGAGUGGUUUGACUGAUGCAGGCUUUGAAGCAGUGAAGGACUUUUGUAAUAACACAUUUACUUCAUUUAAAGGAGAAUAUGUUGAUAUUACAAAGAAGCAGGGAGAUCUCUCUGUUCGUGCAGCAUCUAUGUUGGAAGCUGAAAGAGAUUCACCAAAAAAGUGGAGUCCUAUUGUAGAGAUGCCAUAUAGAGGAGGGUUUUACAGGGGGCGAUGUCAAGGAGGUCUUCCUGAAGGAAAGGGACGUCUGGUUCUUGGAGAUGCAAGCAUAUAUGAUGGUAUAUGGCACUAUGGUAAGAGAUCAGGUCUAGGUACCUUCUACUUCAGUAAUGGGGAUGUAUUCCAGGGCUCAUGGAGGGAAGAUGUUAUGCAUGGGAAGGGUUGGUUUUAUUUUCACACGGGGGAUCGAUGGUUUGCAAAUUUUUGGAAGGGAAAGGCCAAUGGUGAAGGGCGUUUCUAUUCGAAGUCUGGUGAUGUCUUUUUUGGACAUUUCCAAGAUGGAUGGCGACAUGGCCAAUUCCUUUGUAUCGAUAUCAAUGGGACAAGGUCUCUUGAGAUUUGGGAUCAAGGUAUUCUUGUAAGCUGUAAGCAAUUGGACUCUGAUACUGAUGCUGGAUAAGUACUGUGUACUCUUAAUGUCAUUGAAUUACAUCCAUUUAUACAUGUAUGUUAUCUCUUUGGUUUUCAUUAUUUUGGCUCAUACGUAUUUUAGGUAAGAGAAAAAAGAAGUUUUGCAAGCAA